AUUUCAUCAUUCCCACUCAUACGUACUCAAGCGAAACGAAAAAUCACGCACUCAAAAAGCGCCUCUUUCGUAACAGCAAAAAACACACGUCCCCCAUUUACCGGCAAUGGCAACAGAUCACGCCGGCGAUAACGACUCAUUUGUUGAUUCCGUUAUGGAAAAAUUACACGGCGGUCACGAUUCUUCUUCUGAAGAUGAGAAGAAGGUUAAACAAUCACCGGUUGUUAAGGCUAAGAUCUAUCGUCUUUUCGGUAGAGAAAGGCCUCUUCAUAAGGUUCUAGGCGGUGGAAAACCCGCUGACAUUUUCCUAUGGAGGGACAAGAAAGUUACAGCUGGCGUGCUUGGUUUUGCCACUGUUAUCUGGGCACUUUUUGAGUUGCUUGAAUACCACUUGCUCACACUUGUUUGCCAUAUUCUAAUUGUUGCCUUAGCAGUGCUUUUCCUGUGGUCCAAUGCAUCCACGUUCAUCAACACGGCUCCACCUCAAAUUCCAGAAGUCGUUCUGCAUAAGGAUAUUGUCCUUGGUGUUGCAUCCGCAUUGAGGAUUGAAAUCAAUAGGGCCCUUGAGAUCCUACGGGAUAUUGCAUCUGGGAAAGACUUGAAGAAAUUCCUCGUUGUCAUUGUUGGCUUGUGGGUAGUUUCUAUAUUGGGGAAUAUCUGGAACUUCCUCACCUUGUUUUACAUAGUUUUUGUGUUACUGCAUACUGUACCUGUGCUCUAUGAGAAGUAUGAGGACAAGGUCGAUGCUUUUGCUGAGAAGGCAGAGGCAGAGAUCAAGAAGCAUUAUGCUGUUUUUGACGCCAAUGUUCUUAGCAAAAUUCCGAGAGGUCCACUUAAAGGCAAAAAGCUUGAAUAGAGACUAAUACGUGGUGUCACUAUGUUCAUAUUGGAGUUUUCCAGUUUUCCAGAUGUGUGAUUCCUUGUUUUAGAGCCCUUUAGUUUACUGGCUUUGCUUUAUUACAUGGUUUAUAAAUGAAAGAGUAUGGCAUUUUGUGAGGUAGUUUUGACUUCCACAUUUAGUUUUGGCUUCCUUUUUAGUUAAAUUGUGGAAGACUGCUGUAUGAUCUUUUAGCAGUCAAGAUGUACUGCUUUGCCAAAUUGAAAUUGAAAUUGAAUUUUCAGCCC